UGUAUGAUGUUGCGUCUAUCGGUCAAGUGGAACAGUUAAGUUUCUCCAGAUUAUGUCUGGUCUGAUUAUCGAACAACAUUUUUAAGACACAUUCUUUACUCGAGAUAACCUCAUCUGUGGCAUAAGGCUCGCCUUAACUACAUUKCUGUGUUUCACGAGCGAUUACAAUGGCUUUCUUGAUGUAAAGUUGUCACAAACUAUGGCCUACACCGACGAAAUUAUACAGUUUGUAAGACUAGAGCUGUCAAAAUCUUAUAGCGAUCAUAAAAUCAUUGUUGCUCCUUGCGGGGCCGAGAUCUACACAUCAAAAACAAAAGACUUUCUUAAAAAACCUUCUGAUGUGAAAUGGAAGUUGGUCGGCUCGGGCCUUCUUGCUGUGGUAUACAACACGAAGGCGAACCGCGAGUGUUUGGAACUUUGUCUCGCUGCUCCAAAGUCCGCURCAAUAAUCUGGAAAGAAACUGUCGUACCAUUCACAGUGAUUGACUGUCCUCAUCCGACGUUUCACACUUUAACYAGUGCAAGAAACUUUCAAGAACGAGCGGGGAUAUUGUACGACAAUAAAAGUGUUGCCAGACUUGUGUUUCAAGUAAUGACUAUGUUUACAUCACAUCAUCAAUCUUCAAGCACUUCAAAAAGAGUGCAAAGAUCUUUAUCAUUUUCGGUGGCCCCGAGACAAACUGCUCGACCAGUAUUACGUAGAAGUGCUUUCGAGAUUUGUACACUUGCUUUAUCAAAGGUACAUAUCCAACAAGCAUUCAGUACUAACGUUAUUCAAGUUUCUAAAGGAAUUGCAACAGUUUGCUCAAGCCCUCAUAAAUCUCCACAAGAAAGACGACUUACUCGGUCAAAAUCAGACAUAUCACAACCAUUGGGAAUGUUAACGACAGAUUUAUGUACAACAGAACUAUGACAGAAUAAUUCUGUACGUUUUGGGACAUACUACUGAUGCUCAGUGGUGUAAUAUAAUUUUAAUUGCUUUGGUGUUUAUGUUAGUUUACACAACACAAAUUGUUGAUCUUUUGUGGCGUUCUAAUAAGCGGGCGCUUUGUAACUCACWAAAGUAUAAUAUGAUUAUCAUGGAGAGAGAAUUUUAUAGAUUUCCUAUGGUAACUUAGAUCUUUGACUUAGUAAAUAAGAUUUUUAAGAGAAUACUCUACAUUUCACGGAUUGYGAAGACAUUGCGCGAAAACCGCAAAAAAUGACACACUUGGUAAAGUGUGGACUGGACUGGACUGAGGAUAACUGGACUUAUAAACAAAAUUACAAACGACGUUUAAAAAGUAGGGAUGUUUAUCAUGUCGCUCUGCAUCUUUAACACAAAAAGAAGUCCAUAUAGAAGAGGUUAAUAUAGUAAAUUCAAUUUGCAACAUU